AUGUGGCCGUACACGAGGAGCCCACUCAAUGGGCCGUCCCAGAUGCCCGAGAGGAAGUCCUGGUUUACCACCGCCCGUCCCGUCAGCGCCCACCGCAAUGUGCAGCGCCGGUGGGCACGGCGCUUCCUCCGCCUCCUCGCCCUCAUCGGCUUCGUCACCGCUGCCGUCUGGUAUCUUGCCCAACUCUUCGCGGCCGACAGCCCUGCUGGGUUGGGGGACGUCCACUUGGUCAUGAUGUCCACGAAAAAUUACUGGCUGAAGGACUUGCGUGGCUACCUCCACGGCAUCAUGCAGCGCCACCUCGCCCGCCAGCGCGGCUUCGUCGUCCACAUCAUCGGCAAUGAUCACGCAGCUCCGGCAGGGGCGCUGGCCGGCCCGCCAAAUACACGGCGCGCUGCGCUGCUGCGGGCACAGCUGCGCGAGCGCAAAUGUCUUGACUUCGUGGCGCUGGCGGCUUCGAAGUUGGCGUCGGGGGCGUUCUCGAACGACUCCAUCAUCCUGCUGAUGGACUCCUCGGACACACUGGUGCAGGCAACGGCCGCGGAGGCGGCGGCGCGGUUUCGGUGGAUGGUGCUCGAGGGACAGAACAAGUAG